UCAUUCUUGAAUUCCCCUUCUCUUUCUCCUUCAUCACUUUCUCUCUCCUGAAUCUUUCUAUUCACAUUUUUAAAAAAAAAAAAACAAAAAAAUGUCUCAAUUGAACGAUCUCAUUAACCUUGAUCUCUCAGAAACAUCUGAGAAAAUUAUUGCUGAGUACAUAUGGAUUGGAGGAUCUGGCUUGGAUAUGAGAAGCAAAGCAAGGACUUUGCCGGGGCCAGUGAGUGAUCCCGCAAAAUUGCCAAAAUGGAAUUACGAUGGAUCAAGCACCAAUCAAGCCCCUGGUGAUGACAGUGAAGUCAUCAUUUACCCUCAAGCUAUAUUCAAGGAUCCAUUCAGAAGAGGAAACAAUAUCCUGGUUAUGUGUGAUGCGUACACCCCAGCUGGUGAGCCAAUUCCAACAAACAAGAGGUACAAUGCUGAGAAAAUCUUUAGCCACCCCGACGUUGCUGCUGAGGAGCCAUGGUAUGGCAUUGAGCAAGAAUAUACACUCCUUCAGAAGGAUGUUAACUGGCCUCUUGGAUGGCCAGUUGGUGGCUUCCCCGGUCCUCAGGGGCCAUACUAUUGUGGUGUAGGGGCUGAUAAAUCGUUUGGCCGAGACAUUGUGGAUGCUCACUACAAGGCCUGCAUCUAUGCUGGUAUUGAUAUCAGUGGAAUUAACGGCGAAGUCAUGCCAGGACAGUGGGAGUUCCAAGUUGGUCCUACUGUUGGAAUUUCAUCUGGUGAUCAAGUCUGGGUUGCUAGAUACAUUCUCGAGCGAAUUGCUGAGAUUGCUGGAGUAGUUGUUUCUUUCGACCCCAAACCAGUCAAGGGUGACUGGAAUGGUGCUGGUGCUCACACCAACUACAGCACUAAGUCAAUGAGGAGUGAUGGUGGGAUCGAUGUUAUUAAGAAAGCCAUCGAGAAGUUGAGCCUCCGCCACAAGGAGCACAUUGCUGCCUACGGAGAAGGCAAUGAGAGGAGGCUCACUGGUCGUCAUGAGACAGCUGACAUUACCAAAUUCUCAUGGGGUGUUGCAAAUAGGGGUGCCUCUGUUCGUGUUGGUCGUGACACAGAGAAAGACGGCAAAGGUUACUUUGAAGACCGAAGGCCAGCAUCAAACAUGGAUCCUUACGUGGUUACCUCCAUGAUUGCUGAAACAACCAUCCUCGGGAAGGUUGAUGCUUAAUUGCAAGGUUUUGACAAAUUUAGCUGGGGCAAUUCAACAUUUAUGAUUAUGUGAAUUUGGAUUAUCUUUGGUGUUGAAUUUGUGGUUAGACUGCCUUUGCAUUGUGAACCUAGUACUAGCAGUACUACUUUGUUAUGUCACAACAAUAAUUUUUCAUUAAAAGUUGGAGUACAUGGUUUGUGCUUCUCUUAACCUGUGUUUUCACAGGAACUUUUCAAUUUCGUAAAAUGAUAAAGUCAAAUUUCUAAUAAGUUAAUGUACUA